AUGGCGGCGACUCUUCCGGGAGGGAUUCUCACGGCGGCCAUUAUUGCAUUAUUUUUAUGUCGGACGACGAGGACGGUGACAUGUGAAUUAUUUCCGAUGACCCUAUCUCUUGAAAGGGCAAUUCCGCUGAAUAAUAAAAUGAAAUUGAGUGAACUCAAAGCUAUGGACAGUGCUAGACAUCGCAGGUUGAUUCAAUCUUCCAAUGAUACUGGUUUCACUCUUGAGGGCACAUAUGAUCCUUACGGAGCCGGGAUUUAUUAUACAAAGGUGCAAUUGGGUUCUCCCCCAAGAGAUUUUCAUUUGCAAGUAGACACAGGCAGCGACCCUCUCUGGGUCACCUGCAGCUCCUGUUCUGGCUGCCCCAACAAAACCGAACUUCAAAUCGAGCUCAGUUCUUUCGAUCCUGGGAAAUCAUCCACACACACACCAGUAACUUGUACAGACUCCAUAUGUAACAGCGAAUAUCAGUCCCCAGAAGCCAUGUGUUCCAAAAAUAAUCGCUGCACUUACACAUUCCAGUACGCCGAUGAUAGUGCCUCUGCUGGUUACUAUGUUACUGAUCUCAUUCAUUUUGCCACCCCAGUUUCCAACGGAUCUUCACCUGUCAUCUUCGGAUGUAGCACGGAGUUGACGGGAAACUUGGCGACGAAUAACAGUAGAGGAGUGGAUGGGAUAAUAGGAUUUGGGCGAGGGGACACUUCAGUUAUAUCACAGCUCUCGUCAAAAAGGUUGGUGCCAAAAGUAUUCUCUCACUGCCUCCGAGGAGAUGAUCAGGGCGGAGGCACCUUGGUUCUUGGUGAGAUUGUGGACCCCCAUAUUGUUUUUACUCCUCUCGUUCCUUCCAGGACGCAUUACAAUUUAGACCUCAAGGGCAUCGAGGUGAAAGGCCAAAACUUAGAGAUUGAUUCAUCGGUUUUACAAGCAUUAGAGAACCAAGGCACCGUUGUUGAUUCUGGAACAACUAUGGCGUACCUUCCUGAUGUGGUUUACGACUCCUUCCUCAACGCGAUUUCGGCUGCUACUCCAGUAGAAUCGCUUACAGGCACUUACGUUGCAGAUGGAUAUUCCCAAUGUUUCUGGGCUAAGAAGAGGUUUUCUGGGCUAUGCAUCCAUGUUUUCAAUUGA